AUGAAGACACCUAAACCUGCUAAAGUUUUGGUCAUUGGAUCUGCUGAGGGCCGAGUAAUUGAAGCCCUUGAGUAUAUAGCAGACCUUCAUAAAACUCAUAAUUUCAAGUUUGCCAUUUGCCUUGGUAACCUUUUUACUCGAAAGACCCCAUCCGCGGUUGUUUCUAAACUAAAGAGCGAAAAGUUUUUGGUCCCCUUGCCCGUUUAUUUCGGUGUUGGUUCUGCUGGCAUGCCCGAGUCAGUGACCUCCCAUAUGGCUAUGUUCGGCCCUGAAGUCUGUCCUAAUCUCUUUUGCAUGGGUAUUUGCGGCUUCAUGAAAACUUAUUCCCGUUUUACCAUCGCUCAACUGGGUGGUACUUACGAUGAGGUUAAAUACAAUGAACCUAUGAAUAAGCGUGAAAAGAGUUUGACCGAACGCUCUUUCCAUAUUACCGAUGUCCAAACUCUCUCAAAGCGAUGUGACGUUCUUUUUUCUAACUCCUGGCCCGAAAAUGUUCAAAAUAAUUCUACUUUACCUCAUAGAAACCUUCCUUCUGGUUGUGCUCCCGUGGCUGCCUUGGCAGCAAACUGUAUGCCUCAAUACUUCUUCGUACCAAGUCCUGUGUAUUAUGAACGUGAGCCUUAUAGGAACUGUGCGGUAAACGUUCAGGCUGGUACUGUGUCUCGCUUUUUUGGCAUUGCUCCUUUUAAAAACUCGGUUGGUGAAAAAUUCGCUUACGCCUUUACCCUGAACCCCUUAACCUCUGAGUACGUGAGAGAUAUUCCUCCAAAUUGUACUGCUUCACCCUUUGUUAUGAGACCCAUUCCUCUCAAGCGUGCCUCAAGUGAACAAGUCAUCCCUCCCCCCGAUAGUCCUAUCUCGACCGAAUCAGGAUUCGCUAGAUUUAAGAAGCCUAAAGUUGGACCUGAUGCUUGCUUCUUUUGCCUUAGUAAUCCCUCUAUUUCUCUUCAUUUAAUCGCUGCUAUUGGCAAUGAAGCUUAUAUGGCUUUACCAAAAGGUCCUCUUACCACCAAAGAUACCAAUGUACCUGAGCUUCCGUUUCCUGCUCAUGUAUUAAUUAUCCCUAUUGCUCAUACUUCUGCUUUGAGUUUGCUAUCAGAUACCUCUUAUAAAAAUACUGUUGAAGAAUUACAUCGUUUUCGCGAAGCUGUUACCCUGAUGUAUAAUGAGCACAAUUCUGAUGCGAUUGUAUAUGAGAUCAGUAGGGCAAAUGGUGUACAUGUGCAUUGGCAGGUUAUACCUAUUCCCAAGGCUCUUUCGUCGAAGGCUUUAGACUAUUUUACCAAUCAAGCUAAAGAAUCUGGGUUUGCUUUCGAACAUCGUGAUCUCCGAUCCCAUGAGUUAAACUAUUUUCGAGUUUUCCUUCCAACUGGUGAGAUUCUCGUUCAUACAUUGUCCUUACGAGAAAGAUUUGAUUUGCAGUUUGGGAGACGAGUCACUGCAAAAAUUUUGGGUAUUGAGGAUAGAGUAGACUGGAGACUUUGUAGUCAAACUGAAGAGGAGGAAAAAAAAGAUGCAGAAGACUUUAAGUCGUACUUCAAACCCUACGAUUUUACCUGA